GCUCCCUCCGUUCCUGUGGAGAAAAGAAGAACCCAGACUGCUGCACCGCUCAGACCCAACAUGGCUGCAGGAAAUGCUCGUAUUGGACAGCUGGCGCCAGACUUCACUGCCAAAGCCGUGAUGCCGGAUGGACAGUUUGGAGACGUGAAGCUGUCGGACUACAGAGGAAAAUAUGUGGUCUUUUUCUUCUACCCGCUGGAUUUCACCUUUGUGUGUCCGACGGAAAUCAUUGCUUUCAGCGACGCUGCCGACGAGUUCAGGAAGAUCGGCUGCGAGGUCAUAGCCGCCUCGGUCGACUCGCACUUCUCCCACUUCGCCUGGACCAACACGCCGCGGAAGCAGGGCGGCCUGGGGCCCAUGAAGAUCCCCCUGGUGUCUGACACGCGGCGCACCAUUUCCACAGACUACGGCGUGCUCAAGGAGGACGAGGGCAUCGCCUACAGGGGUCUGUUCAUCAUUGACGACAAGGGCGUCCUGAGACAGAUUACAAUCAAUGACCUGCCGGUUGGACGUUCUGUUGACGAGACUCUGCGUCUGGUCCAAGCCUUUCAGUUCACAGACAAGCACGGAGAAGUCUGCCCGGCCGGCUGGAAGCCAGGAAGCGACACCAUCAAACCAGACGUCCAAAAGAGCAAAGACUUCUUCUCCAAGCAGUAAUAAGCCCAAACCUCGAGUCUGCCGCCUGCUGUAGGGAGAUUUCAUUUCGUGAUAACAUUUCCAAUAUAAGUGAGCCACUGUGCCUGUGGAGGAGUGUUUAGGAGAUAGAGCUUUCAGUCAUCAAUGUGGUGUGUGUGUGUGUGUGUGUGUGUGUGUGUGUGUGUGUGUCCUGUCCUCUGUAGACUCAACGAUGCACCCAUGGCAGUAGUUUUUCACUGAGCAUCACACUGUAGUAAUGUCUGUUACUUUCUGUCAUUCCUUAUUAUUACAUACAGAAGACUAAACAGCAUUUUUCAUUGUUAAAAUGAAGUCACA